UCAAGCCAAAAAUAUCAUUGAAUUUCUUUGCUUCCUCUUCUUCUUCUUCUUCUCCUCCAUCUUCCCUUCCCCAAUAGCUUCACUUCAAGGUCGUCGCCCUUGUUUACUUAUUUCCCAUCUAUAUAUAGUGCUUCUAAAUUUUUCAUAACACGAAAAAACCAAACCCCAAAAAUAAUCUCUUUAAAUCCUCCUCAUAAACGCUAGAAGUUUCAAACUUUAACUCCCAAUGGAAUCUUAUUCCUCUUCCUCUUCAGCCUCCUACACCGCCACGAAGGGUUCAAUUUCAAACUCAAAGCAGCUUCCCUAUCACCAGUCAUCACUCCACUCGGUUCGAAAAUCUUCGUCGAAGCCAUGGAAGAAGCCUGCGGUUGCACCAGUCCCACCAACCCCACCAAGAAUCUACAAAGUUGACCCCAUUAAUUUCAGGGAGCUUGUCCAGAGCCUCACCUGCGCGCCGGAGUUUAUGGAGACUAGGUCUCUCCAGAGCGUAGCGCCUCCUCCAAUCGAUAUCCGUGUGUCUUCUGUACCAAAUCCUGUCCCUUCUUCUUCACCAAAAAUUAGCUCACCAUUUUCGGUUAUGUACAAGGACUUGUCGGAUACUUUGGAGCUGAGUCCGAUGCCUCGCCAUCAGAAGGUGCAUGAUAGCACGGUGGACUCGAGCUAUCUGAGACUGAAUUUGCAGUCCCCAUCUUCCCAUCAUUGGUUUUCUUUCCCUCUGCUGAGCCCAGGGACUUUGUCCAGUAUCGAACAAAGCACAGUUCUUUAAAACUCGCUCUAAUCACAAAUGUUAUGUGUAUGUGAGCUCAAUUUCUUAAAAUUGUGGCCUUUUUUAUAGUUGUUAAAUCCUAAUUUUGUUUUACGUUUUAGCAUUCUACUUUAUUAAGAACACAGCUAUAGGCUCUAUGUUAUUAUAAUGUAAGUAGCAAUGCAUAGAAUCGUUGUACACAAGUUUGACUGCAAUAUGUGAAUGUGAAGUUAUGAAUCAAUGAAAUAACGCCAGAAAUUGAUGUCUUAA